CAGUUGCCACGGCUGGACAUACAUUUGCGUCCUUUCUAUUGGUGGUCUUCGUUUGCAUGCGUUUUACCCCUCCACGGGGGAUAUCUCAUGGUUCACUUGAAAGGGUAAUCAGAGCGAUCGACGAGGUAAGAAGGUCGAAGUAGAAGAGAAGUGGCGAGAAACAGUAAAAAGGAAAACUCGGCGCGAGUAAAUUUCGAAGGAAACGAGAUCGACGACCACGAGACCACGAGAGAAAGAGGAGGAGGAGAGAUCAUGAAAAGGAGGAUGCCAUGUGCCAGGAACAGUGAGUGCGUGUGAGUGGCGUGCGUGUACGUGCGUGUCGGACCAGUGGCUUCGGUCCUUCGACCCUCGAGGACGUACCACCAGCCGAGGACACGAUGAUGAUCCCGAUGAUACGCACUGCCAUCCUCCUGUCCGUCUUCGUUCAUCUCGAUGCCGCCGCGAAUACCAUCACCAUGGCUAAGGAGGAGUGCAGGAAAAGGAUAGCUGAGUGUACAAUGAGUGACGGUGCAAGCACACCGGUAUGUGGGAGCGACGGUGUUACGUAUUCGAGUCAGUGUCGGGUCAUCUCGAAGCAGUGUCAAGGCAUGUCUAUUCUUAUCAAACACACUGGCCCUUGUCCAGAGACACCGGCGUGCUUCUCCGCAAGACUGACCGCCAGGCCGGGUGCACGACCAGUCUGUCGUCCGGAUGGCACUUACAAACCGGUGCAAUGUCACGAGGAAACCGGGUACUGUUGGUGCGUGACGCCGCAGGGCAGACCGCUGCCCGACACCUCGGUAAGACACCAAAGACCAAGAUGUUUGAAACCUGGUCCCAGAUCUGCUGCUUCCACCAGGAGCGGCCAAAGGAGGCGCUCGCCGAACUGGAAGCAGCGAAGGCAGUACAACAGCAAGCACAGGAAUACGUGUGAUCGAGCUGAGAAAUCCAAGUUCAACGGGAACCUGAUCGAAAACUUCAAGAUCGAAUACAGGCGGACGAAUAUCUCGGCAGACGGUGACAAAAACGUGGAACGAGUAUUGUCGUGGAAAUUUCUAACGCUCGACAAGAACGGGGAUGGCUACCUGGACAGGGCAGAGUACAAGGAGCUGAGAAGGCUCGCGAAGAAGGCGGUAAGGCCGAAGAAAUGUGCUCGCACGUUUGCCCGCACGUGCGACCUAAAUCGGGAUUUGAAACUCUCCAGGCAAGAAUGGGGUGCCUGCCUUGCGAACGACUUCACUCUGUUGAAAGGCAAUCCUGCCCCUGCGCAUUCUCGACCAUCAUUCAACGAUGAUCCUAUCGAUACGAAAGAAGAUAGCGAUGCAAACGAUUGUUUAACGGAUAGACGAUCCGUAUUAGAGGACGAGAGGCAACUUUCUCAGGAGAAAUUUUACGUACCUGAAUGCACACCCGAUGGAAGGUACCACCGAGUGCAGUGUUAUUCUGGUUAUUGUUGGUGUGUAUACCAAGAUACUGGUAAACCAAUUCCUGGAACAUCUUCGAAGGAUCGCACUCCAAAUUGUAAUCCAGUACCUACUCCUAGCAGACCUAUGAAAGGUUGUCCCGAACAAAAGAAACAAUUGUUUCUACGAGAUUUAAUGGACCUCUUGCAGAAAAAGAUGAAAGCUUCCGGUACGGAAUCAGAUGAGACGACAGCUAAGUGGCAAGCUUCUAAAGAAGAACAAAUAGCGACCUGGCAUUUUGUCAUGCUCGAUAAAAAUAAAAAUAAGGUUCUGGAAAGAAAAGAAUGGAAAAGUUUCCGCACAAUGAUAGCAAAUAACAGGCAGCUUCAAAGAUGCGGCAAGAGACUUCCUAGAUACUGUGAUAUCAACAAUGACAGAAAGAUCAGCAUGACAGAAUGGUUCAGUUGUCUAAAUGCCCAACGCCCUACGACGUCCGAGAGCACGGAGAAAUCAUCGACAAGUAAGCCGAGGAGGAUGGGUCCGAAUCCAUUGGAUCAAUUUCUUAAGAACGACGAUGAUUAAAGAGUGUAUGUGAUAUGAAUGUGUGUUCGCCAUUUCAUCAAUACGUUACAGUGAUCAUUCAUCUAACACGCAGACCAUAAA